AAGGUGAUCGACUCUCUGGACACCAUUAUGUCUUGGAUCGAUGAGAUCCCUCCUUUACCGACAUCACAGAGAUUUGGUAAUAAGGCUUUUCGGGAUUGGGUUGCUCGUUUAGAGCAGAACGCUCCAAUUAUUCAUCGAGAUAUCUUGCCAUCACAAUUUCAUGGUGCGAUAAUUGAAUUAGUGUCAUACUUUACUGAAGGAUUUGGAAAUGCUACACGCAUCGAUUAUGGUAGUGGUCAUGAAUUAAAUUUUGUUGCAUGGAUGUGUUGUAUGCACCUGCUGGGUUUAUUUCAAGAACAAGAUUAUACUGCAUUGGUGUUAAGAGUAUUCACAAAAUAUCUUGAUCUCGUGCGACGUUUGCAAAGUGUUUACAUGCUUGAACCUGCUGGAAGUCGUGGUGUAUGGGGUUUAGAUGAUCAUCAGUUUCUUUCAUAUUAUUGGGGAAGUGCUCAGUUACGAGACCAUAAACUUCUAAAACCAAAGUCUAUAUUAUCUGAAGAAUUGGUGAACAUGUAUAGUAGUGACUAUAUAUAUUUUGGUUGCAUUAAAUCUAUUAGAGAGGUUAAAAGAGGACCUUUCCACGAGCACUCUCCAUUACUUUAUGAUAUAUCUGAAGUACCAAAUUGGGCCAAGGUUAAUUCAGGUUUGAUGAAGAUGUAUGUAGCAGAUGUUCUCAAAAAAUUUCCAAUUGUGCAACAUUUUGUAUUUGGCAGUUUACUUCCUUUCAAGUCUGUGGCCGAGUACCAAGUAGCAGAUCAAUAG